CAUCCAAUACCUGGUUACAGCUGUAUCCAAUGUUCCCAUAUUUUUCCAAUUUCCCCCCCAUUUUUAACGCUUGCUCUUCAGUCCUGGAGAAUAUAUCGCCAGUGUCCGAUGCGCUCUGAACUUCGUUUUUGAUGUUGAUUAGCUCUGAAAGGCCGUGAUUGGUGGAUCCAUAACCGGAUCUGUAGGGAUUUUUUGUCGUAGGAUUGUGUUGGUGAAUAGAGGGUGAAGACUGUUCACGUUUGAGUUCUUGGGAUUGGCUGGCUUUUUUGGGGAAGAAGAGAACAAAAACGAGGGUUUCUGAGAGGGUUUGUUUCAUGCUGAGUUGGUUGAGGCUAUCCACGGCCGUCAGGUCUAAAGAUUCGAGGCGCUGCAUUUGUUUAUCUUGUUUUUAUUCGUAGACACUCGACUUCCGAAGAAAACUUAGAAGAGAGAGAGAGCGAGAGAGAGAGAGAGAGAGAGAGGCAUUUGCAGCUUCAAAACUGUAGAUUCCUGAUUACAUUUCUCUGGAGGACAGUUGAAAAGGGAGGGAAGGAAUCAUUCGGAAAGCUUGGGUUGCUUUUUUAGUAUUUGUGGUGGCGAGAGAGUUAAGGUUAGAUACUUGAGCUAGGUUUUGGAGAAACCUAGGAAGUCCAAGUAAGGGGGGGAAGAAGAAGACAAGGGAGAGAACAAAAGAUAGAAGAUAGAUCUUUUUUAUUAUUAUUUUUUGCGUAGGCCUUCAAAAUUUUUGAUGCUGUAAAGAAUCUCCCCGCUCUGUCUGGUUGGAAGGAAUUGGAUUGUCUGGAGUGGUGGGCGAGCCCGUUGCAAAAAGUAAAGUAGUAAAAGAGCAAAGAUAAAGAAAGGAAAGAUGAGAGUCAAGUAUUGAGAAUGAUGGAUCCCCAAGUUUUUGUUAGGUUGUCAGUUGGGUCACUUGGAUUAAGAAUCCCGGUGGCAGCUACUUCAAAAGCAGGGCAAAGUGCCAAUUAUCUUUCAUUAUCAUCAUGUCUGUGUGAGAUCCGCCUGCGAGGCUUCCCAGUUCAAACUGCCUCAGUUCCCUUAAUAUCCUCUCCCGAAGAUAGCCCAGAUCCUCAUAGCAACACAACAGUUUUCUAUCUUGAAAAAUCUGAUUUGAAGGCAUUGAUGGCUCAUAGAUGCUUUCAGGCUGCCCAACCGUAUCUUGAGAUUGCUGUUUACUUGGGGAGAAAAGGAUCUCAUUGUGGUGUUACAGGUAGGAAGCAGCAGAUUGGGACAUUCAGGGUGGAAGUGGGACCAGAAUGGAGCGAGGGAAAACCAACUUUGCUUCAUAAUGGGUGGAUUAGUUUUGGGAAGAACAAGCCAGAAGGCCGCAAGCUUGUGCCAGAGCUGCAUCUGAGAGUACAGCUGGAUCCAGACCCGAGAUACGUAUUCCAGUUUGAUGAUGAGACAGCCUCGAGUCCGCAGAUAUUUCAACUUCAAGGAAACUCAAGGCAGCCCAUUUUCAGUUGCAACUUUAGCCAAGAUAGGAGGACAACUCAACUUGAUUCAGUAGUUGGGACCUGGACCUAUCCCAACAAUGUUGAUCAGAACGGAGAAAGAAGGGAAAGGAAGGGCUGGAAAGUGAUGAUUUAUGACCUCUCUGGCUCCGCAGUAGCAGCAGCUUUCAUGUCAACCCCAUUUGUCCCCUCAACAGGCUGUGAUUGGGUGGCCCGUUCCAAUCCUGGUGCCUGGCUCAUUCUUCGUCCCGACCAUUUUCGGUCCGUCGAGAGUUGGCUACCAUGGGGCCGCCUGGAGGCGUGGCGCGAGAUUGGGCCACGUGACUCGGUCUGCCUUCGCCUCCACCUCCUCCCUGAAGGCCAAGAUGCUGGUGUUCUCGUGUCGGAGAUAAUGCUGAGUGCUGAGAAGGGAGGUGAGUUUUUUGUAGACUUGGAUAGGCAGACACCAGUCAGUAUGCCGGCUCAUAGGCAACAGAAUCGGGCCGUUGAAGGUGACCACGCAGCUGCAGCUGCAGCUUCAGGAUCUGUAUCGGGUUCAUAUGGAUUUGUUAUGAACUGCAGAGUUCAAGGGGAGGGGAAGAGUAGCAGGCCAAUUGUGCAGCUUGCAAUGAGGCAUGUAACUUGUGUGGAAGAUGCAGCCAUCUUCAUGGCUGUAGCAGCAGCUGUGGACCUUAGCAUGGAGGCGUGCCGGCCGUUCAGGAGGAAGACCAGAAAGGGGAGUUGGCAUUCCAUAUUGUGAUAUUAUUGGGAUGCAUUCAUUAUACAUUGCAUCUCCUUGAAUCGAGUUUUCAUGUGCUUUAUGUGAUAUUCUGUGAGUUGAAACAUUCCUAUUGUCUUCAUGUUGGUUUCCUGCAUCAGGAAAUUCACUUUGGUAGAACUGUUUUAGGAAACUUUGUUUUUUGCUUAUAGCAAUGUUACGAAUUGUGUGAUUGGGGUUUUAUAAGAUGAUCUUUUGAAUC